AUGAAGCAGAAUUAUCACAUCCAAGCUUGUGAUAUAAAGGCAUUUAUAUUUUCAUCUGCUGUUUAUUCUUAUCAGGGUGAAUACCAAAGGAAAUUAUACAGGGAACUGUUGAAAAACUACAACCGCCUUGAACGCCCAGUAUUUAAUGAUUCUCAGCCUGUUGUUGUAGAGCUACGUAUCACCUUGCUACAGAUAAUUGAUGUGGAUGAAAAGAAUCAGGUGCUGAUAACCAAUGCCUGGCUGCAGAUGGCUUGGAAUGAUUAUUACCUAUCCUGGAAUCAGUCGGAAUAUCCUGGUGUUCAGAAUCUGCGCUUCCCUUCUGACCUGGUAUGGGUGCCGGACAUUCUUCUAUACAACAGUGCUGAUGAAAGAUUUGAUGCCACUUUUCAUACUAACGUGUUGGUAAAUUCUUCUGGAGGAUGCCAGUACAUCCCCCCAGGCAUUUUAAAAAGUACUUGCUAUAUAGAUGUCCGCUGGUUCCCUUUUGAUGUUCAGAAAUGCGAUUUGAAAUUUGGCUCGUGGACACAUAGUGGUUGGCUUCUAGAUUUACAAAUGGCAGAUGCAGACAUUUCAGCUUAUAUCUCAAAUGGAGAGUGGGAUCUAGUAGGUGUUCCUGGAAAGAGGAAUGAGCUGUAUUAUGAAUGCUGCAAGGAACCUUAUCCAGAUGUGACAUACACAAUUACCAUGCGAAGACGAACUCUUUACUAUGGUCUUAACCUUUUAGUCCCUUGUGUCCUCAUAUCAGGAUUAUCACUUCUUGUAUUUCUGUUGCCUGCAGACUCUGGAGAGAAGAUCUCACUAGGGAUAACAGUGCUGCUUUCACUGACCGUGUUCAUGCUCCUUGUUGCUGAAAUUAUGCCUGCAACAUCAGACUCGGUGCCUCUUAUAGCACAAUACUUUGCCAUCACUAUGGUAAUAGUUGGGCUUUCAGUUGUGGUUACAGUCCUGGUACUGCAGUUCCAUCACCAUGAUCCACUUGGGGGAAAAAUGCCAAGAUGGGUUCGUGUUAUAUUGCUGAACUGGUGUGCCUGGUUCUUGAGAAUGAAGAAACCUGGGGAAAACCGAAGGCCUUUUCCUUACAAAUACAGCCAGCAGAAGCAUCAUUCUAGCAUUAGCAGUGUAGAAAUGAGUGCUGUUUCUGGUCAGCAGACCAGUAAUGGAAACAUGAUGUACCUUGGUUAUCAUGCAAUCGAAAAUCCAUGCAGUCCCCCUAACAGUGACUCAGGGAUGAUGUGUGGGAGGACAACCUGCUCAUCCAUGGAAGGCAGUGAUGCUCUUCAUAGCCGCAGCCAUCCUGAGACUCACAAAGAAAUUGCAAAGAUCCUGGAAGAAGUACAGUACAUAGCUCGUCGCUUUCGGGAGAUGGAUGAAGGAGAAGAGAUCUGCAGUGAAUGGAAGUUUGCAGCUGCCGUCUUAGAUCGUUUAUGUCUUGUUGCAUUUUCCUUAUUUUCAAUUAUUUGUACAUUCACCAUUUUAAUGUCUGCUCCAAAUUUUAUAGAAGCCAUUUCAAAGGAUUUCACAUAGUUGAUUGGUGGAAUAUUUCUUUAUUCUAAGAAAAAAUUAAUAUGAUAUACACAUCAAUAUGAAGCAUUUCCUCUUUAAUAAUAGCAAUUAUUCUUUUUUUAUGAUCAUUAAACAAAAUGUAUUAAAAAACAAUUACAGAAGUACAUUUGAAAUUGGAUUUCACCCGUACAAAGGUGUAUGUAUAGCUCAUUUGUUAAAUUAUCAUUGCUCUAUCAACAUACAGUUCAAAAUGAGCAAGUAAAAGGAAAUGUCCACUUUGUUGAAACAUCGUUGCUGCUCUACUCUAUAUACUCAUUUUAUUAUUCAUUGUUAAGAAAAUGCUUUAGCUGAACUGCUGGAAUAUGUACAGUAACUAAUACAUUUUUGCAGCAAGUAAUCUUCAUAUAAUCAGAGUCUAAACUGUUUUACUUUUCUGAAGAAAUUAAUUAUUAAAAGCAUUUCUUCAUUCUUAUACUGAUAUGCAAUAGAUGAUAUAUUAUAUGUAAAGGGAGAUUAGACACAAUGCUAUUACAAUAGGAGUGACUAAGAGUUUACAGUUUUGACUGACUCACAGUUAACACUGGUGAUUCAUAAAGAUUGUAAAAACAAA